CCUCUCACCAAUCCUAUGAAAUAGAUGCCGUUAGUGUCUCUGUUUUACAGAUAAAGGAGGUGAGGCUCAGAGAGGCUAAGUAAUUUGGCCAAGUUUACACUUUUGGGAAAUGGCAGCACCCGUCUCUGACUUCAAAGCCUAUGCUUUCUUUGGCACCUUGCUAGACCACUUUGUUAAAUAGGUCACUCUUGCUUAAAUGUCUGCACUAAGGACUGACCAGAAAAACACAGGAGACUCACAGGGGAACCCCCUUGCUUACCAGGGCACACUCUCAGGGCCUCUUCAGAGGUGGGGAAGAGGAAAAGCAACCACUGUGGAGGAGGGGAGUGAAGACCCUUUUCCCAUGCUUUUUCACCCCACUCUUCAUAGCCCUGUUAAAGUCUUGCUUGUUAUUUAGACCUUUGCAGGAAUUGGCAGGUCUUUCGCUGGGGUGCCCUGGAGGAUACGUAGCAUCAGACUGUUGCUGAGCCAGGGGAAACGUGAGGAAUAGUAACCCAACUACCAUUUAUGGAAACACUCACUUUGUGCCAGAUGUUGUGCCUAUUGUUUUACUUGUAUCAUCUUAUUUUUGUGUGGAUAAAUCAAAAAGAGAGGACUUGGCUUAUUUUUGAAAGUUUGGAUGAUCACCAGAAGAAUCCAAAGCAAACAUUCACUAACAGUGAUUUCCUGGCUGCAAGAAAGGAAGGAGGAUGUUGGAAAGAUUGCUUCCAUCCUGAGGCCUGCCUUGUGAGAGAGGAGAAAAAUUCCCAAGGAAAAGAAAAGAACCAUGUCUUACAACUGGAAGGCAGAAUCUCUACAAUGCUCAGGAAGCAGAAGUGGAAACCAUACCUGUGGAAUAGGUCUGUCUCUGCAAAAGCUUGAGCGGUAUCACCUGGCUGCCACUGUGCCACGCCUGGAGGAGCCAGAGUUUCUGCCUCAACAAGCUGCCAUUCAGGGCACUCGGUGGCCAGCAGCUGUGCUUUGCCACUCAGGGAUGACACAUACUCCGAAGCCUAGAGCCCAAUCCUUGCUGUGAGGGAGACCAACCUGUGACUUCUGAGGCAGCAGUUGCAGAGGGAAGUGGUCACUUGUCUGAGGAACAGCCUGCUCACCCUCUCCAGGUGGAGGCUGUGUAUCUGAGCGAGGAGGAGCCCCCGCGUGGCCCGAUGGGCCAGGACACGUCAGCAGAAGAGGCUGGUGCAGUGCUGGGACUGGACACUGAUGAUGAUCGCAUGGUGAUGUUGUCUGUGAUUCCAGGGGAAGCUGAGGACAAACUGAGCUCAGAGCCCAGUGAUGGCACCUGUGGGGCUGGAGGGGAGGAGGACUCAAGGUGCAAAAUCAGAGAGAGCCUCUUCUCUUUGGACAGCGCUGGAGCAAACUUCCCUGAUAGAGAAGAGGAGUAUUACACAGAGCCAGAAGUGGCAGAAUCUGAUCUAGCCCCAACAGAGGACUCCAAUAACACUGAGAGUCUGAAAUCCCCAAAGGUGAACUGUGAGGAGAGAAAUGUGACAGGAUUAGAAAAUCUCACUCUGAAAAUUUUAAAUACGUCACAGGACCUUAUGGACUUUCUAAACCCAAACGGUAGUGAUUGCACUCUAGUCCUGUUUUACACCCCUUGGUGCCGAUUUUCUGCCAGUUUAGCCCCUCAUUUUAAUUCUUUGCCACGGGCAUUUCCAGCUCUUCAUUUUUUGGCACUGGAUGCAUCUCAACACAGCAGCCUUUCUACCAGGUUUGGCACCGUAGCUGUUCCUAACAUUUUGUUAUUUCAAGGAGCUAAACCAAUGGCUAGAUUUAAUCAUACAGACCGAACACUGGAAACUCUGAAAAUCUUCAUUUUUAAUCAGACAGGUAUAGAAGCCAAGAAAAAUGUGGUGGUAACUCAGGAUGACCAAAUAGGCCCUCUUCCCAGCACGCUGAUAAAAAGUGUGGACUGGUUGCUUGUAUUUUCCUUAUUCUUUUUAAUUAGUUUUAUUAUGUAUGCCACCAUUCGAACUGAGAGUAUUCGGUGGCUAAUUCCAGGACAAGAGCAGGAACAUGCAGAGUAGUGAUGGGCUGAAAGGAGAAGUUGGAAAGAUAAAUUUCAAUCCUUCAUUGCAGAAAUUAAUGCUGUGAUCACAUACAUUUUCUUCAGUGAAGUGUUGGCUUGCAGUGUCACUCAGAAUAAAAGAAUCAUGCAUUUGUUCAACUACUGAAUGUGUAAAAAAAAAUCUAAGCUGGUGUUUUAACUAGUAUUGUAACAAGCAAAUGCAAUAUUCAAGAAUUCAGUAUUGUUUUUACUACUUGAGCAUAAUACAAUAUUUUAAGGAAGUAACCAGUUUAAUAUGUGAAGAUGUAUUCUGGUGGAAUAGUGAGUAGAAUAAUAUGCUAUAUACUAUAUACUAUAUAGAAGGCAGAAAUCAGACUUUAGAUUAUACUUUUAGAAAACUCUUGAUUCCCUAUAUGUCUAAGAAGGUUGGUUUCCUAUUCUUUUGCAAUUUCUCUUCCAAAGUCCAUGAACAGGAAUGUGCUCUGCAAGGAGCAGAGUAACUAGAAUGAAUAAAUGAGCUCACAAGUAGCAACUGCUACUUGGUGUCUUUAUUGAUGGGGAAAUAAAAGUGUCAAAUACCUUGGUA